GUCAGGAAGCGAAACGGCCGGAUACCGAUAAAGAUGUGGCCUUCCCCUGGCGUGCGGCUUUGUUUUUCUCGAAAAAUUUUGACCUCAAGGAUUCAAUCUGCAUAUCUCACCACUUCAUCACGAUGCCAAAGCUUGACAGACCAGUUCAGACAAGCCCAAGAAGUCAGGGCAAAAGAGGCCAGAACGAGACCUAUUUUCAGGACCAUUAUAGCUGAACCAGCUAAACAUUCACUGCAACAGGAGGGCAUGUUCUACACAAUUCCUAAAGAUGAAAGUGACAGAUAUCUUCAAAAGGGUUUUUCUACUGAAUUUAUAAGGACUAUAAAAACCUUUAAUGAGUGCAGUUUGAUGGUUCGGAAACCUGCUAUUGAAGUCAUUCAUUAUCUCAAACAAAUGAAUUAUAAUCAGCCUGCUGUGCGAUAUGUGCUAUAUGGUCCAAAGGGCAGUGGUAGGACUCUUACUCUCGCCCAUGUGCUGCAUCACUGUGCCUUAGACAAUUGGCUCCUAGUUCACUGUCCAUGGCCUCGCUACUGGUGCAACCGCUACAACAUGGAAAUCUCGAUGUCUAGUUCGAGACCAGGUCGUGUCGAUCAGCCGUUGGAAGCCAUUGAUUGGUUAAAGUGGUUCAGACAGCAAAAUGGACACCUCCUGAGCGAACACAGUCUGAAGACGACCAAAACGUAUGUGUGGAGCAAACGAGAACAGACAGAGGAGGGAGCAUCAUGGCUUGCUGUUAUAGAAUACGGUAUCACAAGGGCAAAAUAUGCUGCAGACUGCAUUGGAGUUUUACUUCGUGAAAUCAAGUUACAGUCAAAGGACCAGAAAUUUAAAACUUUAGUUAUGGCCGAUGGAGUGAAUGCAUUUUGGUCUGAGACAAAGAUGAAGGAUGAGGACAGAAAAGAGGUGCCUGUAGAAAAGUUGACCAUGAUGCAUAAUUUCAAGAAAAUGUUCAAAAAUGAUUGGACUAAUGCAGCCAUUGUGACCAGUGUGGAUCAACAUGCAUCACCCUUGCGAGCUGAAUCCUAUCUACCAAGAUAUUUAUUAGGAAAAGAAGGUUUUGAGUUGUUUGAUCCAUUUGUUCCAAUUGAAGUGCCAGCAUACAAUGAAAAGGAGAUCUACAGUUGUUUAGAGUAUUAUGGUGAUCGCAUGUGGAUACAGACUCCGAAGGGUAAAACAGAUGAAGGAAAGAAAGAGUUGAUAUUUUUGAGUGAAUACAACCCACUGGCAUUGAGCGAAUUGACUGCAGCUUGGUGAAUUGUGAAUGGCUGCCAGAUAGAGGCUGUGCUAUUGAUGUUGGUAUCAUGAUUCUAGUUGGAGACAGACUCAGUCGCUUGGUUGGGAGCUCAGUUAGAGCAUCAAUGAUUGUAUCAGUGUCUGAUUCAUUAGGAUAUGGUCUGUGCUGGUACUGGUGUAAUCCAUUGUUAAGAUUUAUGCAAGGGACAAUGUCAGAAUCUGACCAAGAAAAGACUAUUUGAGAACAAUAUCCCCUUCAGUUGUGAAUUGUGGCGGGCACUUUGUGUUGGAACUGGUUUUCAUAUCAUCCUCCUCACCGAUGAUAGGUUUGUUUUGUUAUGACAUAUGAAUAAAUUGUGAUUAAAUUUUUUGCUAAA